CUAAAUAGUGCGCACAUACACUAGAGAUUACGGCCGUACAUGAUGAACACUAAACAGUGCGCACGUGUCUAGUGUCCACACCCGCGAUCUGCGUGCUGCAGCUCACGAACUUCAUCCGAAUUUUGACGAUUAUAACAACGGAACCAGCUCGUGCUUGUGCAGCAGUAAAGUCAGUAUUUGAUUUGUGUGAGAUUGAUGAAGACUCAGAGUGUUAGUGAAGUGCACACUUGCACAACUUUACAGCUUCAGUGUGAGCUUCAAACACACAGUGAUGAUUUUAAAGAAACUUCCUGUCAGCUCUUCAGUGUUUACACUACGGAUUGGGAUCAGACGGGCCCACACGGUUCCGCCUCAGCCGGUUCCUCCGCUCGAGCGAACGUUGAAGCGUUACCUACGGGCUCUGGAGCCGCUUUUACCGCCCGAUGAGCUCGAGCACACCCGCGGGAUCGUACAAAAGUUCGGCCGUCCCGGAGGUCUGGGUGAAAAACUGCAGAAUGAGCUGAUCAAACGAGCUAAACACUCGCACAACUGGAUUUCAGACUGGUGGGUGCAGUGGGCAUAUCUGGAGUGCAGGCAGCCCUUAGCGGUGCACUCAAACCCAGCCAUCUCACUGCCAAAACGAGACUUUACAGACUGGAGAGGUCAACUGGUAUUUGCUUCAAAGCUCAUAGCAGGACUGUUGGACUUUAAAGCUAAGGCGGACAGUGGUCAGUUGGCAGUGGAGUACAUGCGCGGACAGCCGUUAUGUAUGGAGUUGUAUCCUCAGCUCUUCUCAUCCUGUCGAAUUCCAGGACCCAAACAUGAUCAUGUGAUUCAUUACGGUCGUCCACGUCGCGGCCCGACUCACAUUACUGUAGUCAGGAACUACCAGUUCUUUCAGCUGGAUGUGUACAACAGUGAUGGUACGCCAUUGACAGAGAGUCAGAUUCACUCGCAACUACUGCGGAUUCGCUCUCAGUCAUGGAAAACGGAUAAAGAGCCGAUUGGAAUUCUGACCAGCGAGCAUCGGCACACCUGGGGUCAGGCCUACACUCGUCUGCUCAAAGAUAAAAUCAAUAAAGAGUCUGUAAGGCUGAUCGAGAAAUCUCUCUUUACAUUGUGUCUGGACUCACCGGUCAUGAGGAUUUCUGAUGAGAAGUAUUCUAGUCGAAUGGCGGCACAGAUCUUGCAUGGUGGUGGGACUUAUUCCAACAGUGGAAACCGCUGGUUUGACAAGACACUACAGUUUGUCGUUGGUGAAGACGGCUCUUGGGGUCUCCUGUAUGAACAUGCGACAGCCGAGGGUCCGCCCAUAUCCACAUUGCUGGAUCAUGUUCUUCACUACUGUCAGAAACCGGAUCGGGUACGAGCACCUUUAGUUCCUUUGCCAAUGCCAAAAAAACUCUACUUCUACAUUAACCCGGAGAUCAAAUGGGAUAUUGAGAUGGCCAAACAAAACCUGGAUAUUCUCAUCAAUGAUCUGGACAUCAAAUGUUUUAACUUUCAACGUUUUGGAAAAGAGUUUUCCAAACAGCUCAAACUGAGUCCAAACUCUUUCAUCCAGGUGGCGAUACAGCUGGCUUACUACAGAGUUCACAGUGAAGUUUGUGCAGCGUGUGACAUCGCCUCUUUGAGGAUGUUCAGAGGAGGACGCACCGAUUACAUCCGCUCUCCAACCAAUCAGAUGCUGACUUUCAUACAGGCCUUUGAUGAUGACACUGUUUCUAGAGAAACCAAAGUGGAGCUCUUGAGAGAAGCUGUUGAUGCUUACAGCAUCCUCACUGAACAGGCAUUGAUGGGAGAGGGUAUUGAUCGCCAUCUGUUGGGUCUUAAACUGCAAGCUAUUGAGGAGGGUCUAAGUGUGCCGAGACUUUUCAUGGACACGGCGUAUGGACUGGCCACUCACUGGAAGCUCAGAACAGGACAGGUGCCCACCAACACAGACAGUGUGAUGUGUUUUGGACCGCUGGUUCCAGAUGGAUACGCAGUGUGCUACAAUCCACAGCAAGAUCAUGUCCACUUCUCCAUCACUGCCUUCAACUGCUGUGAGGAAACAAACGCUGAGAAACUGGCUUUAAUGCUGCAGCGAUCGCUUUGUGAUCUUCAGGCAUUAUUUCAGCCUGCUGUAUAGAGGCACUCGCAACACAACAAUACCGGCGACUCCAAGAAACCUGUCUUUUAUGUGUGGUGAAAGACUUUUACAUCUGAGAUCAUUAGGCGGAUUGGAUUGGUCUUGGAUCUCAGAAGCUCCUGAUAGGUUGCUGGAAAUGUUAAUCGUGUCAAGCUUGUUCAGAACAAAUGUAUUACUUCAUAAUAAUCACAGUUUUGAUUAAAACAGUAGCAUUUGAAAAUAGGUCCGAAUUUGUGUGGUAUAUUAUUUCAUACAAGCAUUACAAAAUGUGUGUUCUUCAAACAGAUGACAAAGGUUUUUAUAGAACAGAUAUUUCAGUGUUACUGUGUGUUACUAAGGGUGCAAUGUUGUAUCACUGUUAAAGCUUUUUCUUCUUACUUUCUAAAUAAAAAUGUAAUAUUUGCUGUCA